CUUAUUUACCAAUGAGAAGAGCAAGAGAAGAGCAAGACAAACAUGAAUAAUAAACCUGAAGACGGUGGAGGAGACUUCUGAGCGGACGAGGAAAAUCCCAAGGAUCAAGAUGCACAGAGCACUCAGUUUACUUCACCUGGCAGUGCUGAUAGGAGGGGGGGUGGUCGGCCACAAGAUGCUGGACGACUGUUUGUCAUCCGGUCGUAAAUACACCAUUAAUGUGGUUCUGCUGGAGGACAACACGUACGAGUGGAGUCGACCACUGGUGCAGGCGGCUGUGGAAGACGCUAUCAAGGCGGACAAGCAGGAGAACAUUGCCAACGACUUAAAUUUCACUUUGACGGCGAACUUCAGCGGCGUGGACACAACCGUGUACAACCGGCAGGGCUGCGGCAGCAGCACCUGUGAGGGAGUGGCCAUCCUCAAGAGGCUCCAUGAUAAAAACGAAGUGGGAUGCGUCAUGCUGGGGCCUUCGUGCACCUACGCCACAUUCCAGUUAGUGGAUGAUGAGCUUGGCCUGAGCCUGAGCAUCCCCAUCAUCUCCGCUGGGAGCUUCGGCCUCUCGUGCAACUACAAGCCCAAACUGACCCGGAUCCUGCCUCCGGCUCGCAAAAUCUCAGACUUGCUGUUAAACUUCAUGAACGAAACUUUGCCGUUCAAAGAUCCGUGGAGUACCGUGUACGUCUACAAGAAGCCUACAAGCAACGUGACCGAGGACUGCUUCUGGUACAUCAACGCUCUGGAGGCCCCCUCGGCCAACUUUGCCACAGGGACCAAAAGGCAGAUGCUGCGUGGUGAAGAUGAGCUGAGGGACGCCCUCAAGUCCCCGAACAGACUCAGCAACAUUUUCAUCUUGUGUGGGAGCCGUGAGGAGAUCGUCUCAGCGAAGACGAGGGCGGAACACAUAGACAAGGACAUAAUGUUCAUUCUCCUCGAUAUUUACAAUCCUGAUUAUUAUAUCAACACGAUGUCCAAUAACUACAUGAAGGACGUGCUGGUGAUCACUCUGCCACCGAGGAACUACAGUUCUGAAUCAAACUCAACAUACAACAACACGAUAAAUGACUACGUGGCCGGGUAUCACGACGGCACGCUGCUGUUUGGCAAAGUGCUGAGAGAACGAAUGCUCGAACAGCGACACAACAGGGCAUCGAGAGACGUGCCUCUGAAUUUCAACCCGUUUGGAAACGCCUCCUUUUACGGUAUGGGAGGUCACUACGUGCUUGAUGAAUACGGCGACAGGGAUGUAAAUUUCUCGAUGCUCUACACCUCCCCCAUCACUGGCAGGUAUGAAACCCUGUUAGCGUUUGAUACGUCGCGUAAUGAAUCCAGAGUCACGAACCCCAACCCCGUCCUGCCGUGGAAAGACAACCGACUGCCUAAAGACGAGCCAGAACAACCAACCAGUCUGAAUAUGCAGGAUGUGAUUGUGAUUGUGCUGAGUGUGAGCGUCAUCGUGGUGACGGCCAUCGCUCUCAUCUUCUACAGGCAGAACAGGAAAGAACGACUUAUGCAGAAGAAGUGGUCUCACAUCAACCCACUCCUCAUUGGUCCACUGGAUGAGAAGGAAGUCUCACUGAAGAUAGAUGAAGUUAAGAGGAAGGACAGCAAGUACUUCUCCCAUCGGGGCCGAUAUGACAAGAAGCCUGUGAUCUUGAAGGAGCUGAAGCACUUAGACGGCGACUUCAACGAGGACCAGAAGAUCGAGCUCAACACUCUGCUGCGCAUCGAUUACUACAACCUGACCAAGUUCUAUGGCACGGUGAAGUUUGAGUACGGAGUGUUUGGGGUGUUUGAGCUGUGUCAGCGGGGAUCCCUCAGGACAAUUCUGAACGACAUGAUCUCCUACCCUGACGAAACUUUCAUGGAUAUGGAAUUCAAGAUCUCAGUCAUGUAUGACAUAGCAAAGGGAAUGUCCUAUCUCCACUCCAGUAAUAUUGCAGUGCACGGACGCCUCAAGUCCACCAACUGUGUGGUUGACAACCGUAUGGUGGUGAAGAUCACCGACUUCGGCUGCCACACCAUCCUGAGACCAGGCAGAGAUGUGUGGACGGCCCCCGAGCAUCUACGUAAAGGGGGGGUGUCUCAAAAAGGUGACGUCUACAGCUACGCUAUUAUUGCCCAUGAAAUCAUUAUGAGGAAAGACCCGUUCUACACACAGAACUGCUCGGAUAUUAUAGAGAUGAUCCACAGAGUUCAGUAUCCAACCGAUGUGAUCAUGUUCAGACCUCACCUCAACUUCGACAACGCGUCAGGGAAUGAGACCGAGUUGUAUGUGCUCAUAAAGAUCUGCUGGGACGAAGACCCAGAACGGAGGCCAGAUUUUAAAAGAAUAGAGGGAACUCUGGGUAAGAUUUUCAGUAACCUGCACAACCAAGCCACUGAGACGUACAUGGACAAUCUGAUCCGUCGCCUGCAGAACUACUCCAGGACUCUGGAGCGUCUGGUGGAGGAGAGGACGUGUCUGUACAAAGCUGAGAGGGACCGAGCCGAUCGCCUCAACUUCAUGUUACUGCCCGGCCCUGUGGUGCGAUCACUGAAGGAGACGGGCCGAGUGGAGCCAGAGCUUUUCGAGGAGGUGACUGUUUACUUCAGCGACAUCGUGGGAUUCACCACGCUCUGCCACUACAGCACUCCCAUGGAGGUGGUGGACAUGCUCAACGACAUCUACAAGAACUUUGACAGCAUCCUGGACCACCACGACGUCUAUAAGGUUGAGACGAUAGGAGACGCGUACAUGGUUGCGUCAGGUUUGCCCAGACGCAACGGAGACAGGCACGCAGUGGACAUCGCUCACAUGGCCCUGGACAUCCUGUCUUUUGUGGGGACGUUUGAGCUGCAGCACCUGCCUGGGAUCCCUCUGUGGAUCCGUAUUGGUGUGCAUUCAGGUCCUUGUGCGGCAGGAGUGGUGGGAAACAAGAUGCCUCGCUACUGUCUGUUCGGAGAUACAGUGAACACGGCCUCACGCAUGGAGUCCACAGGCCUGCCUCUGAGGAUUCACGUGAGCCACUCCACCAUCAGCAUCCUGCAGAGGACGGACUGCGAGUUUGAAUAUGAAACCAGAGGAGAGACGUACCUGAAGGGUAAAGGUAAAGAGAUGACGUACUGGUUGACUGGGGUGACUGGGGGGAAAUACAACCUGCCCACACCCCCCACAGCGGAGAACUUCCAGCGGCUCCAGCAGGACCUGGCGGAGAUGAUAGUGUCCGGCCUGGAGAAGGCAGGCGGGGGGAGGGAGGGCUUGGAGAAGAGGAAGACUCUGUCCACCAAGGUCCGGCGCCGGGAGACGAGCGGCAGCGUGCAGAGCGACGGCCAGCCCGAGUACUUCCACCUGGCUGUCGCUGACAACCCCAGCACCUUCCUGUGAUUCCACCGGAACCCUUCAUCUGCCCGUGAACAAGACUUUGCAAAAGUGUGUGUCCUGUCUGAAUCAGCUGGUUCCACAGGCCAGCUCCGCUCACCAGGGGGCAGAGUGACUGGAGAGCAGUUUUGGAACGAGCAGGACUGGUGAAGGUGAGACUUUCAUGUGCUCAUGUCGCGAUAAACUCAGCUGCCAAAGGGUUCGUGUCUCUUUUUCUACCCCGACAUCGAUUCCUCUCACUUCUCACAAACCCCACAUCCUUCCCUCCAUCCCUCUGUCACCAGAAAUGAACCACUUCAUGACAUUGUCUUGUUUUUCAUUAAAAGCACAAAUCCAUGUCAUAGACAAGCUUAAUUCUUCUUUGAUUCUGUGGCACUGACCCAGUUUCACACAGACCUGCUGUUAUAAUAAGAAUGGAACAACCAAAAGGACAUUAAAAGGAAAACACGGGCAAUAUAUAUGUAUAUUUUUAACUAUGUGGAACAGGCCAUUGUUUUGUAACCAGACUCGUCACUUUAUUAUUUACUGUUGUCGAGCCCUGUCUCGUCUGGGCCGGACAGCGUCGUGUUAAUGGAUUCGAGGUUCAAAUGGGAAAGGUUUAAUGAGUUUAGACAAGUUCCAUGUUCAAAAGUUUCACAGUAAUAAGUUUAUUGUAUAAGAACAAUACUUACAGAGUCUCUGGGGUUCUGCCGGACACGUCACCAGGUUCUCUGGAUCAUGUCUGAAGAAACCCAGAGUGACAAAUUACAACACAUUAUAUAAAGAGAAACUGGGUGUGGCCUGAGAUGGGAGAAGUACAUUUGGCAUGAGGGUGGUUUGAGUCCAAUAGAAGACGUACACCUGGCAUGAGGAAAGGUUUGAGUCCAAUAGAAGACGUGCACCUCAGAGGUGGGAAGGUUUGAGUCCUCCACUGGGUGUUUGAGAUGUGGCAACGCUACCUACAUGCAAACCCCGUAAUGAAAGUUCAACAACGUCUUUUCUGUGUAGAUAUUAAGCAUUUGAAUACCUGCUAGUGGAGUGAAAACCUUUAACGGACACCACUCAUCUAUGCAAGUAAUAGCAGUUUGACAUUUGCCUAGAUAUCGCAGGCUUCUGUCCUGUUGAGCGAUACUUCAGGUCCCAUAAGUUCAUUCUACAUCCUGUAUGUGUGUGUGUUAAUGCAGCGAAUAUGAGCGCGCAAGCAAAUGACAUUUGAUAUAAUCACAACAUUACCCAAACUGUAUUUUAUUAUCAGAUUGACACACGUUUGUGUACUACAGUUGCAGCUAUAAGCUUAUUCAAAGUAUGGUCUGGGUAUUAAGUUCCACCUUUCUGGCACACAGUGUGUUUGAAGAACCAACUAUCAUAUACAUGUUGUUUCAGUGUACACAGGCUACAGUGACAGUUUAUACUUUGUAUUAUGCAUUAUUGAUUAUAUAUACUAUGCAGCUGAUAUUAUUCAUAGGAUAUAGGUAAAACAUGGAUAUCUCAACAGUGUCUACCAUAGAGUUAUUUUCGAUACUACAACUUUUCUAAUUCUCAAAAAACGUAAUCAGUUAAAGUCAGUUCUCUCUAAAACAAGGAAUCCAAUAUAUAUCAAAUGGACUCUCGCUGACUUUACUUUAAAAAGUUCUCCGUUGUUGUUACCAUGUUUUCUGCUGGACGCUCGCUGAUUGAGGAAGUUAAACUAAAUUAUUUACCGUGUAAAUAGAAUCUUCUGCUGCAGAGACAGUGGAGCUGGAUCCACUCAGUAUGUGUCAAGAACAUUUCUCCUCUACGCCACAACACCAGGAAAUGUUUCUGUCAUGAUUUUUGUUCUGUGUUUUAUUAAAUGAUGUUUGACACGUGGCAA